AUGUCUGCACUCGCAACCGAAGGCCGAUCUAUACGAUUGCAAAAACUUUUCCUCGACUUUCCGGUUCAACGUUUCCGCAGCAAAGUACUCCCGCCGCGCCGAGAACAAUUAGCAACAGAUAAUUCCAGCGAUGUUACUGUUCCAUCUGUUGUUCCUGCAAUAAAACAAGAUUCCAUAUCUGAAAUAAUCAAGAAUGAACAACGUGAUGUGAGAAUCGAAGUCGGGGAAGGUGAAGAUACGAGAACUUUCAUGGUGCAUUCAAAAGUGUUGAUGGGCAAGGCCGAAUAUUUUGAAAAAGCUUUCAGCAAUCGAUGGGUUAGGAUUGAAGAUGGAGUGAAAGUGUUCAAGAAGAAAUUUAUUACUCCUGCCGCGUUUGAGGUUAUUAUUGAUUACUUUUACGAAAACAAAAUUUCUCCAAACAACCUCUCGUCUGAAGCUACCAUGGCUCUUCUUCUAUCAGCUGACGAAAUGUGUCUACCAAUCUUGCAUGAAAUUCAAGUCUGUCUCAUCAAGCUUCAUAGUGAUUAUUUGAAUUCGCAAUUCGCAUACAUAUAUUCAAUCUCUCGAGAUCGGGAAGAAUUUGCUCUGAUCCAGGAUUAUUGUCAUCGAACCAUCAAAGUAACGCCAGAGGUCGUGUUCACUAGUAAUGAUUUCAUGGAUACCGAGGAAGACGUCAUUAUUGAAGCAUUGAACGCUCGGAAUUACGUUUUUGAUGAAGGAAAAGUUUGGGACAUGGUUCUAGAUUGGGGUAUUAACCAAAUGUUGGCAAUAAUGGAAGAUGAAGACGGCGAAGAAGGAGGCGUUAGUAUUAAUAUAAAACGCAAUACUGUCAACACGUUCUCACCUCGACACCAAAUACAACACUGGACAUUACACCACUUUUCUAUGCUUUCAUCGAUACUCUCUCGCAUUCUCCCCCACUUUCGUUACGGUGAAUUUUCCAAAAAGGAUUUCAUGUCCAAAGUAUAUCCUUUCAAACAAAUCUUUCCAUAUUCCAUGAUUCAAGACAUUAUGGGGAACUAUAAAUAUCCUCAGUAUAUACCGCGGAUGCCAAGCGCGCGUCCACGUUUGCUUUUAAGCGAUAUGCACUUGUCGUGGUUGAGUCACACUAUUGCCAGUGAGACGGAAAUAGAUCAAGCACAAUUGGAUUCAUAUAGGACAUAUCCCAGGAAAGCAAGACAUCAUUUCCGAUUACUGCUUCGCGGUACGAGAGAUGGAUUCUCUUCAAGGACUUUCCAUUAUCGAUGUGAUGAACGAGGGCCGACCCUUACAUUAGUAAAACCGUAUGGUACAAACGACAUCAUUGGUGGAUAUGUUUCAAUUUCUUGGUUAUCCGACUGUAAAUAUCAUGCGGCCGAUUCCUCUUUCUUGUUUAGCAUAAAAAACGAGAGGCUGACGCUUUCAAGAAAUAAACUAAGUGAAAGGGUAAUGUGGGCAAGUUUAACUUGUGGUCCGUCGUUUGGCGACGAAGAGUUACAUUUAUGGCGCGACAAGUCUACACAGGCAUUCGCAAAGUGUAGUAAUAAGAAUACAGUGUUUGAAAAGAGCAUUGGGAUGAAUGGCGUCUUUGCAGUCGAAGAGUAUGAAGUUUUGGGUCUUUCCAAACUGUGGUGA